AGGCGGUUAAAAAAAUAGCUAAAUUUCGGCAGAUUCGGGCGCAUUCUAAAACAGUAUUGAGCGUACAUGGGCCAGGGUGAUAUGCUUCAUCAGAUAAUGCGGAAUUUAAUAAACGGAGAAGUAAUGUUUGACUAUUAGCGGUUGUUGGUAAAGGGUUUGAAGUUUUAGUUCCGGAGUUUUUUUCUGAAAAUGGUGUUCCGGCAGAGAAAAGUUUUAAACAAAUUUCCAUUAAUUUAGUCACUUGAAGUUAACCUCAUAGCUGAAGUUAAGCUCAUAACAUUUUAUAUUUUCUAAUCGUGUUUUAAACAAUUAAACAAUAUUUUUAGAUCGUGAGGAUACGGUUAUGCACUUCUAUGAAUAUUCUUAGUUUUCUACCAAAUAGGAUAAUAAAACAGAAUGAAAACAUAGACUAUUUUAUUCCAACCUAUAAUGCACGUGUUUUCAUUAUAUAGUAGGGUGUGGAAAAACAAAACUUCUUUAGCAUAUAAUAUAAAAAAUAUUCUAAACGUGUUUUAAACUAUCAACAACGUUCUGUGGAAGUAGUGAGGUUAAGGUUUUAUAAUUCUCUUAAUGUUCUUUUUUACUACUAAAUGGGACGGGAAAAUAAAAUGGUGAAAAGGUAUCCCAUCUUCCCUUACCGUAUUAUAUUUAAAUAUAAUUAAAUUUGUAAAAAAAACAGGAUAAAACAGUACAUACAUUAUGCUAAUUGCUUGUAUGCUGGUGAUUGGGCUAUUGACGGCGCAAACACUGAACCUGGCAUCUACCUAUGUGUUGGUCAAACACAAAAAGCUUAAGAGUGUUUCCAAUUGUUACCAACUGAGUCUUUCUACAUGCAUGAUAAUAUCUAUAUUGCUUUCCGCAUGGCUGCACCCGUUACGCAUGACCUACGGGGACCUCUAUGAAAAACACGUCAUAUUUCAAACGAUCCAAAAUUGGGGCGAAACCUUCUUCCUAAACUGCGCAGUGCUUAAUCUAUUCGCACAUGAUUUUACAAGAUACAUUGGACUAUCCCGACCUCUCAAAGCAAAGACUCGAAUCAGUUUAAACCGAACGUACAAGAUUAUAUGUUUUCUAUGGUUCAUAUCCACUGUGACGUCAAUACCUUCGCUCGUGUGCGGUUUCACCCACGAAUCAGUGAACUCGGGUGACUCGGAGGGGAAUCAGACUUUGAACGUUGUUCCCACCCUAAGCCUUAACGCCACAGUCGAUGUUGUAAGCCAUAACAACCAAACUAACACGGAGAAGCAUUGCCAGUACCAAAACACCACACUGGCCAGCAUUUGUCGACAGAGAGAAAACUUAUCACCGGUGAUUUGUUUUAUCAUCUUAUUCUGCCUACCCCUACUUUCUAACUUGUACAUGUUCGUCUCCAUUAUUCGGCGAAUGCGUACAAAUGUCUGCGGAAAACGAUGGAAACUCACAGCCGCAAGAACCGGGACGUUGGCUUCGACCCACAGUUCGCUACAACACUGUUCGCGAGAUUGAGAAAACAAUGUCAGUAAAUUCAGCAACCGAAACGACAGGUGCUAAUCUUGGACCACAAAAACUACUCAAAUCAAGUGAUGAUACACGUAAUGUGAGACACUCGUUCAUGCAGUUAGAGAUGAGAGCAAGGACGACAUCAGAUAUCCGCCCUCUUGCUCGUAGCGGCCUAAACAUAGGACUUGAAACCUCGGUUAGGACAUCUUGUUAUAAGAAACGGGACGACACGGAAUUUAGGAGGAGCGCGACGUUUGGCAAUAUUACUGGCACUAACACUAACCGCAAGGAAGGUCUAUAUGCUUUCACCGAAAGUCAAAGCGUGCAAAGGAUUAAUGCAGGGCGGUCAUUACGCAACUAUUGUUACACUACAGUAUUUCCUGAUGCGUCAUACGAGCUACGUCAGUGCAGUUCCACCAGCAGUGUAAGCAACGUUAGGCGAGUUUUGAAACAUAAGAACGACGAAGAAAGCUCAGCGGUUUCGGCUAACUCAAACCCAGGGAAAAGUUGCAAAAGUAACUUGAGCAAAAAUGAUUCAGUUUCUGCUUGUUCGGUUGGUUUGGAGAUUGCACCAACUUGGUUGUGGAAAGUUAGGAUGAGGGCAGUGAAAAAGUUAGCUAUCAGCUUCGCAUUUUACGUAAUGCAUUGGCUACCAGUUCAUAUAAUACGAAUAAAUUCGGCGCGAAGUUCAUCAAAUGCAGACAAGACAUGUACCUGUUGUCCCACGUCCGUCGGCGGGAUUCACCAAACUGUAUUUGGCUUCUGGAUGUUCAUUAUUGCUGCUUCGACACCUUUCCUACACUGUAUAUGUUCCAAAAAGUUUCGCUCCAUUUACCUCACUUUGCUACGAACUAUAGCGAACAAGUGCAUCCCAAGUCUAAAAUGUCUCAGAAUAAAUUAAAGUUCUUAAGAGUUUAGAGUGCAUGUGUCGAGUUCUUAUCCCUCAAAGAGCGCCUCUCGCCAAAUUGUUUGCUGCAAUCGCAAUUAUUAGUUGAAACCGUUCGUUUGCUUGUUUCUACGGGCACAUAUAGCCUGAUAAAUAAAUGUAACUUAUUGAGCA